AUGUCUCAUGUUAAAUUUACUCCGGCGUAUUCCUUCUACGACGUGCAAUACUCUGACUUCUCCAACAUCAACUACACACAGCCUGACUACUCCGACGAUGAUUUAGGAUCAGGCGAGGAAGGACAGGAUCGGCCACCUGAUGAUUACAGGCCCAGGGAGCAGCUGCCGCUUUCUUAUAGUCCUCACCAACCCAGGGAGGAGAAGCACAAGAAGGAGAAGAAGGACAAGAAGAAGGACAAGUCCAAGAGGCACCACAUGAGUGACACGGCUGGAUUGCCAGAGGCACCCGACGCCCCUGCUGAUAGUGGUGCCGCGGUGCCUCCCGGGCGGGCUGAGAAGGACUCGUGGCCCCUGCCCACCAGCAAAACGCCCAAGAAGAAAAAGAAGAAAUCUUCAAAGGAGAAGGAGUCUUCAAAGGAGAAGGACGCUGCGAAAGCGCCUGCGCCCGCGGAACCUGAAAAACCCCCAGCCCCAGAUGCUCCAGCUGAGUCUCAAGAGGAAUCAAAAGACGAAGCAAAUGACGAGUCAAAGGAGGAACCGGAGGCAGAGGAGGUAAAAGAGGAGCCAAAAGACGAGCCAGCCGAACAGCCAAUUGAGGAGGAGGUAAAAGAGGAAGUCAAGGAGAAAUCACCUCCCGAAGAGCCUGCCUCUCCUAAGAAAAGCAAGAAGGACACGAAGAAAGACAAGAAGAAGGACAAGAAAGCCGCCAAAAAGGCGGAGAAGUCAGCAACGAAGGAGAAGGGCCACUCACCGAAGGACGAAGCGCCAAAGGAGGCAGAGAAGCCCGCCGACGACACCCCCGCCGCGGCCACCAAUGGGGAAGCGGACAAGGAAUCUCCCGCGCCAGACGACAAAGUUGACGAAUCCGCCGAGGCGCCGGAGGCAUCCGAAUCAGCUGCUGCGCCCGAAACAGAGGAGGAUUCCGCGAAAUCUGCUGAAGAGUCAAAACCAGCCGAUGGGCCGGCCGCCGCUGAGGAAUCUAAGCCAGCCGAGGAGGAACCUGAUGUGUCUGAAGAAGCCCCGGCAGAAGAAGAAAAGAAGGCUGUUGAGGAGGAGGACCACGCAACUGAGGAUGCCAAGCCGGCCGAAGACGCCAAGGCUGGCGAGGAAGAAUCAAAGGCGGCUGAGGAAGGCAACUCAAGCGAUGAAGCCCCGGCAACUGGAGAAACGAAGGCUGUGGAAGGAGCUCCGGCAGUAGAUGAAGAAGCUGCUGUAUCCGAAGAAAUCAAGGCUAGCGAAGACGAGUCUAAGGGAGCUGAAGAAGCACCCGCCACCGAAGAAGUACCCCCAGUUGAGGAAACACCCGCGGCUGAGGAAUUGAAAGGAGCUGAAGAAACGAAGGCUGCGGAAGCUUCAGCAGCUGAGGAAACUGCGGUAGCUGAAGAAACCAAGGCUAGCGAAGAAGAGUCUAAGGGGGCUCAAGAAGCACCCUCCACCGAAGAAGCUCCAAUAGCUGAGGAAACACCAGCAGCUGAAGAUUCGAAAGGAGCUGAAGUAACGAAGCCUGCGGAAGCUCCGGCAACUGAGGAAGCUCCGGCAACUGAGGAAGCUCCGGCAACUGAGGAAGCUGCUGCAGCCGAAGGAACCAAGGCUGGUGGAGAAGAGUCUAAGGGGACCGAAGAAGCACCCUCCGCCGAAGGAUCGAAAGUAGCUGAAGAAACUGCUGCACCUGAAGAAACGAAGGCUGAUGAAGAAGAAACAUCCUCUACCGAAGAAGCUGCUGUAUCCGAAGAAACAAAGGCUGGCGGAGAAGAGUCUAAGGGGACUGAAGAAGCAUCCUCCAUUGAAGAAGCACCCUCUACCGAAGAAGCACCCUCUACCGAAGAAGCACCCUCUACCGAAGAAGCUCCUGCAGCCGAAGGAUCGAAAGUAGCUGAAGAAGCUGCUGCAUCUGACGAAACAAAGGCUGGUGAAGAAGAGCCUAAGGGAGCUGAAGAAGCACCCUCCGCCGAGAAAACACCCUCUACCGAAGAAACUCCCGCAGCCGAAGGAUCGAAAGUAGCUGAAGAGACUGCCGCAUCUGACGAAACAAAGGCGGGUGAAGAAGAGCUUAAGGGGACCGAAGAAGCACCUUCCGCCGAGGGAACACCCGCAGCCCAAGAAACCCCUGCAACCGAAGAAUCGAAAGCGGGCGAGGAAGAAACUAAACCCGCCGAGGAGGCUACGAUAUUGGCAGAAUCUAAGGCAGCCGACGGCGGCCCAGUAACCGAUGAAGCUCCGGAAACUGAGGAAUCGGAAGUCAUUGAAGAGGCAUCGGCAGCUGAAGAAACUGCUGUAUCCGAAGAAGUCAAAGCUAGCGAAGAAGAGUCUGAGGCAGCUGAACCAAAAUUAGUUGCAGAAGCAUCCGAAGCUGAAGAAUCGAAAGGAGCUGAAGAACCCUCUUCCGCCGAAGAAACUCCAAAGGCUGAAGAAGCACCGGCAGCGGAAGGGGAACCCAAGCUAACGGGGGAAGCGGCGCCAUCUACGGAACCAAAGACAGCUGACGAAGCCCCAGCAGUGGAUGAGUCGAAAGCAGCCGAAGAACCCGCAGCUGAAGAAGAAAUCAAGCCUGCCGAGGUAGCUGCGUCAUCUACGGAAACAAAGCCAUCCGAAGAAUCCAAAGCAGCCGAAGAAGCACCCUCAGCCGAAGAAUCACCAACAGUUGAAGAAUCGCCAGCAGUUGAAGAGUCACCCGCAGUUGAAGAGUCACCAGCAGUUGAAUCGCCAGCCGCUGAGGAAGCUGCAGAGUCUGAGGAAAUUCAGCCAGCCGAGGAGAAAACUAAACCCACUGGGGAAGCUCCAACGGCCGAAGAAGUUCCCAGAGCUGAGCAAGCUGCGGCAUCUGCAGAGUCAAAGGCGCCGGAUGAAACAACAGCCACUGAAGAAACCAAGGUUGCUGGAGAUGAAGCUACAUCGGCCGAGGAAGCAGCGACACCUGCAGAAUCUAACACAGCUGUUGAAGCCGCAGCCGUUGAAGAAACUAAGGCUGCCGAGAAAGCCCCGGUAACUGAGGAAGAAAUCAAACCAGCGGAGGAGGCUGCCGUGUCAACAGAAUCCAAGGUAGCCGAAGAGACUGAGGUACCGAAAGAAGCCCCAGCAGCUGAGGAGACUGUGGUAUCCGAAGAAACCAAGGCUGGUGAAGCAGAGUCCAACGCAGCUGAAGAGACGAAGGCUGCUGAAGAAUCUAAACAAGCCGAGGAAGCUGCAGCGUCCGAGAAAGCCCAGGCAGCUGAAGACACUCCGGUAACUGAAGAAGGGAUCGAACCAGCCGAGGCAGCUGUAUCUGAAGAAGCCAGUGCGACCGAGGAAGCCAAGGUAGCCGAGGACACUCCGUUAGCUGAAGAAGAAAUCAAACCAACUGAGGCAGUUGUUUCUGAAGAAGCCAAUGCAACCAAGGAAACCCCGGGCGCUGAAGAGUUAAAAACAGCUGAAGGGACGAAGGCUACUGGAGAAGAAACCAAACCAGCCGAGGAAGCUGGUGGCGAAGAAUCCAAGGCAAAUGAUGAAAACAAGACAGCUAAUGAAGCUCCGGGACCCGGCAAAACUGAGACUGGCGAGGAAGAGUCAAAGGCAGCUGAUUCAACCGAGUCAAAAGAAGAAACCAAGGCUGGCGAGGAAGCAUCAAAGACACCCGAUGAAGCCCCAGCAGCUGAAGAACCCAAGGUUGCUGAGGAGGAAACUGAGCCAGUUGAAGAAUCGAAGGCGACUGAAGAAUCGACACUAAGUGGAGAGGCCCUAACAGCUGACGAAACCAAGAUGGGUGAGGGAGGAUCAGAGACAACUGACGAAGUACCAACGCUAGCAGCUGAAGAAACUAAGACAGCUGGGGAGGCCCCAGUUAACGAAGCACCGGCCUCAAAGGCUGAAGAAGAAAUCAAACCGGCCGAGGAAGCUUCCGCAGUUGACGAAUUGAAGGAAGCUGAAGCACCCACUCCGACAACUGAAGAAGUACCACCAGCUGACGUAAGUAAGGUGGGUGAGGACGAGUCGAAAAUAGCUGAUGAAUCCAAGUCAACCGAGGAAACCAAGGUAGCCGAAGAAGCUCCAGCAGCUGAAGAAGCUAAGGCGGGCGAGGAAGGAUCGAAGGCAACUAACGAAGCACCAACCCCAGUAGCUGAAGAAACCCAGACUUUUGAGGAAGAAACUAAAGCUUCCGAGAAAGAAAAUAAUCAGGUUGAAGAAGCCCCGGCAGCUGAAGAAACCACGGAAUCUGACAACACCACGAAGACCGAGGAAAUCAAGUUAGCUGAGGAAACUCCAGCAGCGGAGUCUAAGCCUGCUGAAGACGAAGCUACGGCUACUGAAGAAGAAACGAAGUCUGUUCCCGAAGAGCAAAGUACACCGGUCGAGGCUGCUACUUCAGAUGAGCCUGCGGAAACCGAAAAGAUAGCAGAUGCCAAGCCAGCUGAAGAAAUCAAACCAACUGAGGAUGAAACCAACCCAGCCGUAAACAGCAAACCUACCGAGGGGGAAACGCUGGGAGCCGAAGAAACUAAGCCUGUUAUCGAAGACAUCGAAGUUGUUGAAGAAGAGGGAUCGAAUAUUGGAGCAAGCGAAACGAAAUUGCCUGAUCCGGUGGCAGAGGAGGGAGGGGAGAUCCAAGUACUUCCAGCGGCUGACGACCCAAAGUCAACCGAGGCAACUCCAGUAUCCACAGAAGAUGAAAUCAAACCUUCUGACAAGCCAGAUGUGGUGACAAGUAUGGGCGAAUCAACGGCUUGCGCUGAAUCUAAGCCAGAGGGUGAGGAUGAGGCUGACGAGUCACCGUCAACGGAGAAAUUCGAAACAGCCAACAAGCCUGCUGAAACUAAACAAUGUGAAGUUGGGGACGAAUCUACUCCUGAUGAGCAUGGCGAGCGCGAGGGAGAAAGCCCAGCUUCCUUACCCGAGGCGGCAGACCAUGAGGACCAGUCAGCCGAGGAAUCGAUAGAGACCUCAAGCGAUAAAGACUCGGCGUCAGACGCGGCUAAGUCGGACGCUACAGCGGAUACCUUGGUCGUGGAUACGGGCGACAAGACUGAGACUAAUGAAGCAGGCUCUGAUGAGGGCGAGGAUGCUAAGGCUGAAGAAAAAGCUUCCGCAAGUACUGAAGAGUCAGUACAGAAGGAAGAGCUUUCUGAGCCGACCAUACUACCAGACGCGGCUGCUGGAGAUGACGUAGAGAAGCCUGCCGAGGAAGAAAAGUCGGCCGAAAAGGAGAACCUGGUGGAUAACGACAAGUCCGCUGAUGAGGAGAAGCCAGCUGAAGAGAAACCAACCGAAGACGAGAAACAGGCUGAGGGCGACAAGUCAACCGACGAGGAGAAGCCGGCUGAAGGUGAUAAAUCGGCUGAAAGUGAAGAGUCAGCUGAAGAGAAGUCAACCGAAGAAGACAAACUAGCUGAGGGCGAUAAGCUAGCCGAUGAAGAGAAACCGGUUGAAUGUGAAAACCCAGCCGAAGACGACAAGCCAGUUGAAGACGACAAGCCAGUUGAAGACGACAAGCCAGUUGAAGACGACAAGCCAGUUGAAGACGACAAGCCAGUUGAAGACGACAAGCCAGUUGAAGACGACAAGCCAGUUGAAGACGACAAGCCAGUUGAAGACGACAGGCCAGUUGAAGACGACAAGCCAGUUGAAGACGACAAGCCAGUUGAAGACGACAAGCCAGUUGAAGACGACAAGCCAGCCGAAGACGACAAUCCAGCCGAGGAGGAGAAGCUAGUUGAAGACGACAAGCCAGCCGAGGAGGAGAAGCCAUUAGAAGACGAGAAACCAGCCGAAGAUGAGAAGCAAGAGGAGAAACCGGGUGAAGACGACAAGCCAGCUGAACAUGAAGUUGAAGACGAGAACAAGGCUGGGGGUGACAAGCCAACUGAUGAAGAGAAGGCAGCUGAAGGCGACAAGCUAGCCGAGGAGGAUAAGCCAUUGGAAAACAAGGAAUCAGCUGAAGACAAGAAAGCAUCCGAAGAUGAGAAGCCUGCUGAGGAGGAGAAGUCGACUGAGUCUGUUGAAAAUGAGAAGCCUGUUGAAGAGGAGAAGGUUGAAGAGGAGGAGAAGGCUGCCGAAGAUGAGAAGGCUGCCGAAGAUGAGCAGGCGGCUGAGUCCGCUGAAGAGGAGAAGCCUGUUGAAAGUGAUAAGCCUGUUGAAGAGGAGAAGGUCGAAGAGGAGAAGGUCGAAGAGGAGAAGGCUGCUGAGGAAGAGAAGCCAGCUGAGGAAGAGAAGCCAGCUGAGGAGGAAAAGUCAGCUGAGGAGGAGAAGCCAGCUGAGCCUGUUGAAGACGAGAAGCCUGCUGAGCCUGUUGAAGACGAGAAGCCUGCUGAGCCUGUUGAAGACGAGAAGCCUGCUGAAGACAAUGAACCAGCUGAGCCAAAUUCUCCCGACAAACCCACGGAAGAUUCUGCCGCUGAAAUGAAAUCUACUGAGCCUGAUACCCCACCGGAGGCAUCUGUAGAAGCAGCACCGGCUGAGGAGAUUCAUGCACAAGAAGCGGCGGCGGAAGAAGCCCCAGAAGAAUCAAUCCCGACAGAGAAAAAGCCUGCAGAGGAGCCAAUACCAGCAGAAGCAGCCGCAGAAACCUCAACAGAGCAGAAGGGUGCCGAGGCUGAUGCCCCAGCAGACCAGGCGGCAGCAGAAGCAGCACCAGAGGAGGCAGCACCAGUCACGGAAGAGCCUGCUGAAGCAUCCCCAGAAGAUGCCGCCCCAGAAAUUUCAACAGAGGAGAAACUAGUUGAGCCUGAUUCCCCAGCAGAAGAAGCCUUAGCAGAGCCGGUGCCAGCGGAAGAAAAGGGUGCAGAAGCAGCCUCGGCAGAAGAAGCUCCAGAAGAAAUAGCUCCUACGGAGGAAAAGUCUGCUGAAGUGUCUCCGGAAGAAGCAACCCCAGCGGACGAGAAGCUUGCCGAACCCCAACCCCAACCAGAGGAAGCACCAAAGGAAACUCCUGAGGAGAAACCUGCCCCUGAGCCAAUUAAACCAAAGGAAUCAGAGGAUGAAACAGCCAGAAGGAGGCGGCGCUCUUCUCGCGCACUGCCCAUCGAUGAGAAAACCAGAGAUCGGUUUAGGAGAGACGUUUAA